AUGUCUGGUCCAGUGUUAUUCUCCGAGUUUAACUCAUCAAAUACAUAUUUGGCAUCUGUCAUUCAAUCCUUGGAUACACAUCAAAUUCAAGUACGAUCUGUAAACACAUCACAGCUGUCACUAAAUACAUUAUUCAGCUUAGACAAGUCAAAUAAGGUUACAAAUAUACGUUGGUUCAACACCACUGAAUCAAUACAUUCCAUUGCAAUAUGUCUAACAAUUGGAGUUAUACUAAUAUAUUCACCCCAUUCAAAUGAAAUCAUAGCAGAAUUAAGUACUUCAUCAAAUGUUUCAGUACUUGACUUUCAUUUUUCAACACAUACUUCAACUGGAUGGUCUUGUGAUGUUGAAGGUAAUAUAUGUGAAUGGGACAUGGUAUCUUACAAAUUACUACAGCAGUUGAAAAUAGGGGAUUAUGUUGAAAGCGUCGAUUCCAUUUACCAAAUAUCGAGUUGUCUAUAUGAGCAAGACCCAUUUCUAUUAUUGGGUGCAAAUUCCAUAUAUUUAUUCAACUUGAAAUCGAAACAAAUAGAGAAAACUUUUCCUGGCCAUAUACAACCUAUAGAUAGUAUCAUAAGUUUGGGGGAUAUGUUCUUAACUUGUGCAAAGGGUGAUCGUUUUAUAAAUUUAUAUCAAUUAAGUAAAAUCACAGCAAAAGCUAUAUUUGUAACACAAGCAUCAGUAUUAAGCAUAAGUAUAGGAGUCAAACAAGAAAAUCAAUCAGUUUUAGCGGCUAUAACCGAAAAUGGGAAUAUUGAAGUGUUCAAUGACCCGUUAGCUUCACAUCAACCAUCUACGCCAAAUCCGAAAAAGAAAAGAAGACAAGUUGGAACUAGUUCACGCUCCUCAAACUCCAUAUUAAAUGUGUCAAGAUCAAAAGAAGAAAUUAAAAAUCCACGAGAUUCAAAUUUAAUGAUAAAUGCCGUAUCUAUACAAGAUGAAAAUAUUUUGUUCACAUGGUUGGAAAAUGGCACUAUUCCAUUCUUUGAUACAAUAAGAUGGAUAGAUUCCGGAAAUUACCUUCUCGAUUCAAACAAGACAAUAAUUAAAAAUAAAGCGGAUUUGAAAGCAAAUAAAGAAUCUUCAAUCUAUGGUCACGAUAUAGCGGCAUCAAAAUUGUACAAUGAAAGUCAUGCAAUAGUUCAGGACGGAACAAACAUUAAAAAUUUGGAAGCCGAUGAUUCAGAUGAAGAAGAAGACACCAUUGCUGAGAAAUUAGAAAAAUUAGCAAUGAAUAAAAGCACUCAAUCUAAAAGAAAAUUACAAGAUAAUAGAAAUGGUAUAUCAUUAUCAGUUAUUCUUACACAAGCGUUACAAAAUAACGAUCAUUCAUUAUUGGAAUCAGUUUUACAAAACAGAGAUCCACAAACAAUUCAAAAUACAAUUAGUAGAUUGAACCCAUUUUAUUCUGUAUUAUUAUUAGAUAAAUUAAGUGAAAAAAUUCAAAGACAAGCAUCAAGAUUCAAUCAAUUAAACUAUUGGUUGAAAUGGAUUUUAGUUAUACAUGGAUCAGUUAUUGCUAGAUUACCAGAUUUAAAUACGAAAUUAUUUGCAUUGCAUUCUGUCUUAAGUAAAAAAGCAGAUACAUUACCAAAACUUUUGGAAUUACAAGGCAGGUUAACUUUACUUUAUGAUCAAACUAAUUUGAAGGAAGAUUUAAUAGCGAAAACAUUGGUGGAUGAGACAGAGGAAGACAGUGAUGUAGAAUACAUUGAAGAUUUUGACGAUGCUCAAUUUCAUGGAGAUAUCGAUGUAGAGAUGGAUGAGGAUGAAAUACCUGAAAGUGAGGAGGAUAUUGAUGAGGCCGUAGAAUCUGAUGAAGGAUCUAAUGAUGAAGAUAUUCCAGAUAUAGACGAUUUGCAGCAACGAAAUGAUUUUUGA